GUAUCCAGACACAUGGUUUAUUUCGUGUAAGUACAGUCGGUACUAGCUUGUUCGGUAUGAAGGUGAUCGGUGUUAUCUUGACUGUUAUUGGCAUAGGCUAUUCUGUGGCCACAGGUCCGUGCAGAGAGGGUUGGUUAUCGGACGCAGAAAACUGUUACUACUUCUCGCAUAAUCUCAUGUCAUGGCCACAGGCUGCGGAAACAUGCGAGGCUUUACAUAGUACGCUAGCAACGGUUAUGUCAGCUGAUGAACAUUCUUUUCUAAAGACAACCCUAAUGAGCAUCCAUCCCAAUGAUGCAGCUGGCCGUAUAUAUUGGAUUGACGGUACUGACCUAGAAGUAGAACAUGUUUGGAGAUGGGCGUCUUCCGGAGAAAUACUCUCCUAUUCAGAGUGGAGUGUAGGGGAACCCACGAAUACUAGCAGCGAAAACUGUCUCCUUUUAUGGGGUGCACACGGCUUCAACAUGGGCGACAAUCCUUGUGCAGCAAGCUGGAAUUACAUUUGCAAAACAAGCUUUGAAAGCGGUGAAAAUAUAAUCGGUUGAUUUUGUUUUGUUUCAUUCAAUAAAGCAUAAGAACACCA